AUGCAUGCCGUGGAGGUAUUCACUGCUGUCAGUUUCCUUUUGCUUGGCUCUCUUGCUAACAUCCAAGCCUCGGCGCUACCUGCUGUUAGGCUCUCAGUGUCCGACAGUAUUGCUUUCACCGUCAAGGCUGGAGACGCCCACCUGAAUCCAGGAGUGUCACAUCCCAUACAAUUCCAGAAUCACAUUACGAACCAGGGAGGCUACUAUGAAAACUCUACUGGCAAGUUCCUGGCGCCAUUUAGCGGCCUGUACAUGUUCAGUGCUAGUCUUUUUAACGUUUAUGCUGGCAAGAAAUUGGACACGGACAUUGUUAAAAACGGCGUUCAUACAGUAAACGUAUAUUGUAGCGCUUGGCUAGCAGACUCCGCGUGCUCGGCCUCUGUCGUGAUAAGACUAGAGGAGGGUGACCAUGUGUGGGUGGAGGAUGUCAGUGGACAAAUGGUCCACCGUGACUCCACUUUCACUGGUGUUCUCCUCAAACGAUACGACUAA